AUGGAUUAUCUGACCAUUGAAGCUGAGGAAGAAGUGAAAAAGCCUUGGAAGUGCAAUGAAUGUGGGAAGUUCUUCAGUUACUACUCAGCCUUUAUCCUACAUCAGAGAAUUCAUACUGGAGAGAAGCCUUAUGCAUGUGCUGAGUGUGGAAAGGCCUUCAGUCGGAGCUCAUCACUUAUUCAGCAUCAGAGAAUUCACACGGGAGAAAAACCUUACGAGUGUAACAAAUGUGGGAAAGCCUUCAGUCAUCGCACAUACCUUAUUCAACACCACAGAAUCCAUACUGGAGAGAAACCCUAUAAAUGCAAGGAAUGUGGGAAAGCUUUCAAUGAUACCUCAUCCCUAAUUAAACAUCAAAGAGUUCAUACUGGAGAAAAACCUUAUGGAUGUAAAGAAUGUGGGAAAGCCUUUAGUGACAGGUCGGGCCUCACUCAACAUCAGAGAACUCAUACAGGGGAAAAGCCAUAUGAAUGCAGUGAAUGUGGGAAAGCUUUCAGCUACUGUUCAGCUCUUAUUCAACAUCAAGGAACCCAUACUGGGGAGAAACCUUACAAAUGUAACGAAUGUGGGAAAGCCUUCAGUGAUCGCUCAGCUCUCAUAAGACACCAAAGAAUUCAUACUGGGGAGAAACCUUACAAAUGUAAAGAAUGUGAGAAAGCCUUCAGCCAGAGCUCAUCUCUUACAAAGCAUCUGAGAACUCAUACUGGAGAGAAACCAUAUAAAUGCAGUGGUUGUGACAAAGCCUUCAGUCAGAGUUCAUCUCUUAUUCAACAUCAGAAAACCCACACAGGAGAAAAACACUACAGAUGUAAGAAAUGUGAGAAAACCUUCAGUGUGAAUUCUUUCACCACCUGCACCAUUGGCUUCCACCUGAUCUUUGCCCCACAUUUGGAGGCCCCCAUCUGA